AUGUAUUGGUUGACUUUGAUUCAAGGUUUGAUCCUUGCUAUUGGAGUAUCAGCAAAAACUCAUGUAUUUCACUUUAAUGUGUCAUAUGUGACGGCUAACCCUGAUGGCUUGUAUGAAAGGAGAGUUAUUGGAAUAAACGAUCAAUGGCCACUACCAACAAUAAGAGUAAAGACUAACGAUAGGGUAGUAAUACACCUUGCUAACAGAUUGGAUGUUAGAACAUCAUUACACUUUCAUGGGUUAUUCCAAAAAGGAUCAAACGCCAUGGAUGGUCCAGAAAUGGUUACUCAGUGUCCUAUUCCACCAAAUCAAACUUUCUUAUACAAUUUCACAGUUGAAGACCAAGCCGGAACCUACUGGUAUCAUUCACAUUCUGGAUCGCAGUAUGGAGAUGGCUUAAGAGGAUUAUUCAUUAUUGAGGAUGACGAUGUGAAAUUUGAUGAAGAGGUAACUUUAAGUAUUAGUGAUUGGUAUCACAAAGAAACGGCAGAAAUAACAAAAGGUUUCUUGAGUCGCUAUAAUCCAACAGGCACUGAGCCUAUUCCUCAAAGCUCAUUAUUUAAUGACACAAGAGACGUGAAGUGGGCUGUCAAACCGAAUACUACCUACCUUUUACGAAUUGCGAACGUUGGUUUAUUUGUUUCCCAAUAUUUGUUUAUUGAAGACCACAAAUUUACUAUUGUUGAGAUAGACGGAGUUGUAGUAAAGCCAAAAGUCGUGGACUCUUUGUACCUCGCCGUUGCACAACGUUAUUCAGUUCUCGUACAUACUCGCGAUGACGUAAGUCGAAACUUUAGGUUUGUGAAUGUAUUGGACCAAGAGAUGUUAGAUUUCUUGCCAGAUGACCUUGAAACCGUCUCGACAAACUGGUUUGUUUACGAUGAAUCAAACAUUUUACCAGCGCGUUUAGACUCAACAUAUGAGGAGGUUUUAAAGUCUUUAAAUCCAGCUGAUGACUUCGAUCUUACGCCCUUGCAAGAACACCCUCUCUUUGGAGAUGCUGAUUACAAAAUUGAACUUAACUUUUCCAUGGAAAAUUUGGGCAAUGGAGUUCAAUAUGCGCUUUUUAAUGGUAAGACUUAUGUCCCCCCUAGAGUACCAACUUUAAUGACCGUCCAGUCUAGUAAAAAUUAUGCUAAUGAUCAACACAUUUAUGGUAGCAACACAAAUUCUUUUAUUUUACAAAGUGAUGAGAUAGUGGAAAUUGUUUUGAACAAUAAAGACCCCGGGAAACACCCUUUUCAUUUGCAUGGUCAUAAUUUUCAGGUAAUUUCGAGAUCCCAAGAAGGAACUGAUGAUAAUGAUCCUAUCGUGUAUGAUCCUAAUAAUCCAGAUCAUAACAAAUUUCCAGAAUUUCCCAUGAUAAGGGACACGGUAAUGGUCAAUCCUAAUGGAUUUAUUGUUUUAAGGUUUAAGGCAAAUAACCCAGGUGUUUGGUUUUUCCAUUGUCAUGUUGACUGGCAUUUAGAACAAGGACUUGCGAUUGUGUUGAUUGAGGCGCCUACUGAAAUACAGAACCAGAAACUCCCUCAAAAUCAUUUAGACAUCUGCGAAGCUGGAAAUAUGUCUUCAAUUGGUAAUGCUGCAGGACGUUCUGGACAUUCUGAAUCUGAAUGGUUAGAUCUUAGUGGCGAAAAUGUUCAAGUAGCACCUUUACCUGAUGGAUUUACUCCGAAAGGAUACAUUGCGGUGGUCGUUUGUGCUCUUUUUGCUAUAUAUGGGGUUUUUUCAAUUUAUGACUACGGGAUGCAAGAUUUUGCAACUGAGGAUACGAAUAAAAUUGUACAUAAGGUCUAUGACAUUAUUGAUAGAUAUCUGCCCCCUGAGAAUGCCAGCGAGCUGCCUUUGGUAGGAUCUAGUCGUAACGAAUAA